UCUGAGAUAAAAGAAGAGAGAGAUGGCAUUGACAAGCAGAUGGAUGAGAUGAGGAGAGAAAAAGCCAAAAUGGACAUGAUUUCUGUAAGUCUAGAAAGAGAAAGGGAAGAAAUCAAUGAAACCGCUGAGCGGAUAAAGAAGGAAAGAGAUGAGGUGGAAGCCGACAAGGCUCAGGUCCUGAUGCAGAUGGUAUUGGUCGAGCUCAACAUGGAGGAAUUUGAGAAGCAGAAAGACAAAAUAGAUGGUGUUAUGGCUGACUUGCAAAAAGAAAAAGAUGUAAUGGAAAAAACCAGAGAGGAGAUCAGGAGAGAGAAAGAUGAUUUGGAGAAAGCCAAGGCUGAGAUAAAUGUACAAAGAGAUGGCAUUGACAUCCAGAUGGAGGAGAUGAGGAGAGAAAAGGCCAAGAUGGACAUGAUCUCUGAAAGUCUAGAAAAAGAAAGAGAAGAAAUCAAUGAAUCCAAAGAAAGGCUCAAGAAGGAAAAAGAUGAGGUGGAAGCCACGAAGGCUCCAGUUCUCACGCAGAAGGAAUUGAUAGAGCUCAGUAUGGAGGAUAUGGAGAAGCAGAAAGAAAUGUUGGGUGUUAUUAUGGCUGACAUGCAGAAAGACAAAGAAGAAAUGGAACAAUCGAGGAAGGAGAUUAGGAUAGAGAAAGGUGACUUGGAAAAAGCCAAGGCAGAAGUAAAUCUACAGAAAGAUGUCCUUGAGAAGCAGGCGAAAGACAUGAUGACAGAGAGAGACAAAGUGGAGCAGUUGUCAGCUGAGCUAAGGGAAGAAAAAGAAAAAUUGGAAACAAUCAAAGAGGAGAUAAUGAGGGAGAAACUUGAUUUGAAAAAGAUCAAAGCUGAUGCAAAGGCACAGAGGGAAGACCUUGACAACCAGAUAGAUGAGAUUGGUAAAGAGAGAGCUAAAGUAGACAUGAUGUCUACUGACAUGAGGAAUGAAAGAAAAGAACUGGAAACAAUGAGGGAAGAAAUGAGCAAGGAGAAACUUGAUUUAGAUAAUGCCAAAUCUGAGAUAAAAGAAAAGGAAGAUUAUCUGGAGAACACCAUGGAAGAAAUGAUGACAGAGAAGAAUAAAAUACAUCAAAUGAACCUUGAGUUUCAGAAACAGACAGAUGAGAUUGCACAAUUCAAAGAGGAGAUUUCGCAUGAAAAGAAUAACAUAGAGUUAAUGAGGACUGAUUUGGGGAGACAGAGAGAUGAAAUUGAGAAAUCCAGGGAGGAGAUAAUGAGGGAAAAAGAUGAUAUCAAACACAUGAAGGUUGAGAUGAAAGUACAGAAAGAAGCUCUAGAACAGAAGGUGGAAGAGCUAGAGAUGGACAAGGCCAAGGUAGACAUGAUUUCUGCUGAGCUCCAAGCACAAAAAGAAGAAAUGGAACAAAGCAGGGAGGAGAUGAGGAGAGAGAAAGAUGACUUGGAAAGAGAUGAAAUUGAGAAAUCCAGGGAGGAGAUAAUGAGGGAAAAGGAAGAUAUCGAACACAUGAAGGCUGAGAUGAAAGUACAAACAGAAAGUCUCGAAAUGAAGCUGGAAAAGUUAAAGAUAGACAAAGCCAACAUGGAUAUUAUGUCUGCUGACUUAAAGACACAAAUAAAAGAAAUGGAUCAAUCCCAUGCAGAGAUUAAAAGGGAAAAAGUUGUUUUGGAAAAAGACAAAGCUGAAAUAAAGAAGACAAAAGAUAUACUAGAAAACACCAUGCAACACAUAAUGAUAGAAAAGGAGAAGAUAGAGCAGAUGAACAUUUACAUUGAGAAAGAGAUGAAUGUGAUUAACGAAUUGAACAAAAAGAUAUUAAGUGAAAGGGCAGAGAUAGCAUUGAUGAUAAAUGACUUACAAAGACAGAAGGAAGAGACCUUAAUGGAGAAAGCUCAUUUAGAGCAGAUAAAGGAUGCGAUACAAAGACAGAAUGAAGAGAUGAAAAACAUUAAAGGAGAAGGUCAAAAAGAGGUUAAAAAAAUGGAUGCUGAGUCCCAAACAGAUGAUGAUGAGCUGGAAAAAAGAAGAGAUGUAACAGCGAAGGAAGAGAUGAUGAUGAUUAUUGAAGAGAAGGAGACGUUGGAACAGAUGAAGAGUCAAAUGAAGAGAGCAAAAGAAGAAUUAGACCUCAGCCAUGAAGAGACCAAAAAAUUGAGGGAUGAAAUUGAACUGAAAAAGAAAGAGAAAAUGAGAUUUAAGGCCAAAAUGCAAAUUAUGAUGAUCGAGAUACAGUUAAGGGAAAAGCUUGAUGAAAGAUUUGAGACGGAAUACAAAGAUGUGGAACAGAGAACCAGCUCAAUGACAGAUAAAGAAGAGCUAGAACAUGCUAAAGCUGAAAUACCAAGAACAAUAGAGGGGUUGGAAAAAAGGAGAGAUGAAACUGACAUUUACAGAGAGCUGGAAGAAAGAGUGGAAGAGACAAUGAGUGAGAAGGAUGAGAUGGAUGAGACUGUGAGAGAAACAGAAGAGAUCAAGACUGAUAUGUUAGGAUUGAAAGUAGAAAUGGAGAAAACACAAGAGGAGAGCAAGAGGGAAGAACUGCAGCAGACAACUGCAUUACAGAGAGAGAAAGAGGAGCUGAAACAGACAAAGGCUGAGAUACAGAGAGUCAAAGGCCUGCUGCAUAGAAGGGAAGAAGAGAUAGAAAAUCUUCAGGAAAAGAUGCUCAAAGACCUAGAUAAACACAAGGAAGAGAUAGCUAAUGAAAUGGAGAGACUGAAAGAGGAAAAAUUAACUGAAAUUGAGAGGCUAAAGGAAGAACUGAAUAUAGAAGCAGACAGACUCAGGGCAGAAAAAGACAGAGAGAUAAAGAAACUUAAGGAAGAGAAGGAUGCAGAGAUAGAGAAACUAAGUGAUCUGAUGGCUAAAGAGAUGAGGAGACUAAAAGAGGAGAAAGUAGAAGAGGGAGAGGAGAGGCACAUGGGAGGAACCAGCAGGGAGGCAGGAGCUGCUCCCUGGAGAUUCAGGGGAGUGUUGGACUGGCUCAGGCAAUGCUGCUGUCCAAGAGAGCCUGUAGUGGUUGAAUAUGUGCCAUAG